AUGUCUGCGCCUUCUCUCGCCAACUACAUCGUCAAGCGCCCUGCGCUGACCCGCUUCCUGAUGCCCAUCGCGGAGUGGUACACCAACGCCGCCGGCUACAGGAGACUCGGAUUGAGAUUCGAUGACUUGAUCCCCGAGGAGAGCGAAUCCGUCCAGACUGCCAUCAAGCGUCUGCCCCCCAAGGAGGCCUACGACCGUGUCUUCCGUCUCCGCAGAGCGUUCCAGUUGUCCCUUUCCCACCAGCUUCUCCCCGCUGCUGAGCAGACCAAGCCCGAGGAGGAUGUCGAGUACCUCAGCCCCAUUAUCCGCGAGGUCGAGAAGGAGCAGGCUGAGCGUGAGGAGCUGGACAGCAUCAUUGUGAAGCGGAAUUAG